ACACCGUCCUCUCUGCACAGCCAUCACCGAGCAGCCUCACUGCAGCGGAGCACCGGAGCCGCUGCAGAGAAGAAGAAGAGGAGGUGGGAGGAGGUGAUGUUCUCCCCUCAGCUGGCUGUGACUGUUGGCUCAGUGAGGAUUUGAGCCUGUCAGGACGCCUCCCAGCAGCCUCUCCUCAGGCCUGGACUUUCUGCUCACAAAGACAACAAACAGCUAAACUUCCCAAGCCGACACCUUGCUCUGCUCCAGCCGCUCCUCUCCCGUCCCCAGUGCCAUGGCCUUCACCCUGUCAGAGAUCAUGGCAGCGAGACGGCAACAGCAGUCGCAGGCUCAGUCGCACACCCAGCGAGGCACCAGGACAGCAGUUGAAGUGGACGAAUAUAGCACCAACCCCACUCAGGCCUUCACCUUCUACAACAUCAACCAGGGACGCUUCCAGCCUCCACACGUUCACAUGGUGGACCCGAUGCCCCAUGACACGCCCAAGCCCCCGGGCUACACCCGCUUUGUGUGCAUCUCGGACACUCACUCCCGCACAGACAGCAUCCACAUGCCGUACGGAGACGUGUUCAUCCACGCCGGAGACUUCACUGAGCUGGGACUGCCCUCUGAAGUCAAGAAGUUCAACGACUGGCUAGGUACCCUGCCCUACGACAUCAAGAUAGUAAUCGCCGGAAACCACGAGUUGACUUUUGACCAGGAGUUUAUGGCUGACCUGAUCAAGCAGGACUUCUACUACUUCCCUUCUGCCUCCAAGUUGAAGCCGGAGAAUUAUGAGAACGUCCAGUCCCUGCUCACCAACUGCAUCUACCUGCAGGACUCCGAGGUCACCGUGCGGGGCUUCAAGAUUUAUGGCUCCCCCUGGCAGCCCUGGUACUACGGUUGGGGCUUUAACCUGCCGCGGGGUCAGGCUCUGCUGGACAAGUGGAACCAGAUCCCUGACAACACAGACAUCCUGGUCACACACUGCCCCCCACUGGGUUUCCUGGACUGGGUCCCGAAAAAGAUGCAGCGCGUAGGGUGUAUGGAGCUGCUCAACACAGUCCAGAGGAGAGUUCAGCCCAAAUUACACGUGUUUGGACACAUUCAUGAAGGUUACGGCAUGAUGACUGACGGCACCACGACGUUCGUCAACGCCUCAGCCUGCACUGUCAACUUCCUGCCCAUGAACGCGCCCAUCGUCUUCGACCUUCCAAACCCGAGGACAUGACUAGAGUCCGCCUGCGCCAAAACACCUGCCGCCAGCCAAUCAGGAGAGACGAGUCAGGCGAGGUAGGUAAGGCCAGCAGGCAGAGUGGAGCACCUCUGUAAAUAUAAGGCGGCACAUGCUACGGUAUACACCUGGAGAUGGAGCGGACGCUUUUAAUGUCAUUUUCUGUGCCAUCAUUUCUUCAUCUUAACACUCUUAAAGAGUCUUAAAGCAGACAAAUGGACGAGCAGAGAGACAUUUUUACAUGCGGACAAACAGACAUUUCUCUGUCUUCUUUUACUGCACUGACAAUCUGAUGUGGCUCUCAGAGAGGAGAGAGACACCAACGUCCCCGUUGGCUUUUUUUCACUUCAUUUAAAUGAACUGUAAACAUUUGGACUCGAAGUGCAACAACCUCGUCUACGUGAGAGUUUCAGUGAAGCUCUGACUCAACAGCAGAACAUUUGCCCGAGGGAUUUUCACAGAACUUUUCUCCCUUCCCACUUUAAACAUUCAUUUCCUCAUUUCUUCCCCCUCAUUCUACCAGCCCUCCUUAUCUUCCUCCUGUUUCUCUCCCCUCCUCCAGCCUGGAGUGUGUUUUUUUUUCUUACCAGCAUGUGUGUGUAUGUGAGAUCAAAGUGAGUGUGUGAGGGCAGCUAGAGGUCUCUGCCAGGGGCUGUGUGAGAGUCGGGGUGUCAAACAUGUUGACACCACUCCCCUGGGUCUCAUUACAGCCCUCAUAAGCCUCUUAACCGGCCGAGAGGAGGACGCAGAGGAAACCAAACGCAGCACUUCCUUUUAUUUUUUAUUUCCUCUCCACUCUUCCUUCCAUGUAGCUCCCCUUUCACCUUUUCUCCUCUUUUACAUUUUCCCUUCCUCUCUAUCCUCCAUGCUGUGAAUAAAUCGCACAGCUUUUUAGCAAAGCGUGAAAGGACGGGCCUUUCGGACUUGGAAAAGACAGCUGGUAACGCACAGCAUAAAGGUGCUACAUGCUACGCUACUUCUGGACAGCCAUUGGGAGCUGUAAUGGUUGUUGCAAGGAGCCUCCCUUGUGUUGGGAGAGAUGGAACUUUUUAUCCUUUUUAAAGAGGAGUAAAGCUGUACAACGUAUCCUCAUGAAGGGGUUUGUAUGAUUUCCUACGAAAACCUUUGCAGUGUGAUUCCUAUAAUAUGCUACGAAAUCUAACAUGUGACGAGCGCUGUUCUGCUAACGCGUGAUAGCAACACAAUACUGUUGUUGUACCCUACGGCAUGAUCAAUAUUUUACACCACGGGUGUGUAAAGAGAACUGGAUCCAGAUUUGGAGACUUAUUCUAGACUUUACAAAUAUUAAUGGACCGAUUGAAUGAUAGUGAAACAAGAAAUUCCGUGGGAGUUGUUAUGUUAAAAAAAUGUAUCCACUGAUUCUAAGUCUAAGUCUAUGGGAAAAUGCUUUUUGGGCCCCACAUCCUAAUGUGACAGACAUAGAAAAUUGUUAUUCCACCAUCUGGUCACUAUGUCAUAUUGGCCUAAAAGCCAGGUGCUCUUCCUGAGGGCUUGUUGUACCCACAUGGUUGUCACACAUUUAGGUGACCAUUGAUUUUUUUCCACAUUUUCCCGACAUGUGACCACAACACAUUUUUGACAGAUGCGGACCACUGUUGUUACUGUUUUAAACAUGUAGUCAAUCCUCGUAAGCGAUUAGGUUUAGGCUUGUGCUCGAAGUGGGCAGAUCCCUAGUACUCUUUACCUUUUGGCAUACUCAAGCUGCAGGUACUCUUAACGGGAGCAUGUCUAUGUUCCUAGACCUCUGAUAUUUUCCCCUCUUUGUAUGAGACUGGGGAACAUGGGACCCUUUUUCCACGUUUUUCCCAAAAACCCUAACCCAUUACUGCCAAAUUCCAUGGCAAAUAGGCCUAACCCUAACCCCGCAACAGUGGGGAACAUAGGACCCGGGGAACAUAGGGAUGACCCCCUCUUAACUGCCCUCUCUAUAGACGGAUCCGGUGUUCAGCCAUCUAGUCAUGCUGUCGCUACUGCGGUGGCAAAUCAUAUCUUCUGCUAUCUUAGUUAGCUAAAGCUUAGCUAUAGAUAAUAAACAGAGAUUAGUAAUGUUAUGAAUAUAAAAUCAGUUAAUUUAAAAUUGAAGGCUUUAAGACACCUAGAUGUUCUGUUCAUUUUUAUCUAUAGUCACUACGAGCAAUCAUGGCCUGUGCGUCGCUAACUGACAGGGUCAAAUACUAGGCAACAUUGUCUUUUUUCUCUUUGAGAUGCUGAACAAAUUAUGAAUUUAUUCUUUGGGACCACUGCAGCCCCGAAACAGUGUUAGCUCACUAACAUUAGCUAACAUAUGCAGUGUUAGCUUAGCUGAUGCUACUUGUUGUUUCAAUAAAUCAGUAGCCUGUCAUGGUAAAACAACUCCAAGACAGCAUUGUCAAAAGUAACUUUUCACAUAAAAUCAAGUAAAAAGUACACUUCUCAAUAUUCAUUUAAUAUUUUAGGGAGAUGCCACAGCAGUAAUGGUAACUUGACUACUUGUGGUAUUUCCCUGUUUUUGGCUGUAUCAAUCACUAUGAAGGAUAUAAAAAUGGCUCGAUAUAAAUGGAGAUUCACUUUAUUACAUUCUUAUCUUCAUCUCUUUAUGACAUUUUAUGACACGCCUUGUUUCAGUAUGUCUUAAUUACUUUCUUUCGAUUUUGGGGAAUUGUAUUUAAGAACUGCGGUCGCUGUGUACGGUGGGCGCUUACAGACUUCGUGGUGCAUUCAGGUGUAGAUAGGUGUAAACCACUAAAUAAGCCUAAAGGAGAAUACAUAUUUAAAAGCAAUACAUAAUGCCAGAGAGCCUUACUGCAUUAUAUUCCAUGUAUUUGUAUGCCUUGUAUGUGUUAAUUGCUAACCACCAGGAGAGUACUGGCACGUUUUGUUUCACUUCAAGAAACCGUUUAGGCACCAAAACUGCUAUCCCAUGUUAGGCUAAAAAGACAUUACUAUUGGACAUAACGCCCAAUAACUGUACACAAACACCGGUCUCCUGGUUGAAAGACUGGGGGUUUAAUCCAUCCAUGACCCCUCUUGACAACCGACCCACUUGGUUUUUAACAUUACAUUGCUUCAUCACUGAAUACAAUUUCGUGGAAUACCAAUUCAAGUGCAUUAUAUUUCGUAGGAAGUCAUACAACGUACGUUUGUGAGGACAGCCUGAGCUGUAAGUACAUGUACUGUAACUGGUCUAUGUAAAUGUUCUCUGUCAAUGUAAAGAAGAAAAAAAACUUGAAGUUUUUCCUUGAAGAUUGCUAUGCUUUUAAAAAAAAUGUUAAUAUUUGUGGUUGUUACAUUUCCUUUGGUCUAUUUCUUAGUAAUGUAAAUGCUUAUUAUGGUAUUUUCUUCUCUGUAAAGCUGCUCGGCCCCAUUUGGUGAUUAUUAACUCUUUCAUGUCUCUUAGCAGUUUGUCUGUUUUAAAAAAAAGCUUUACUUUUUUCUCCUUUGCUCUAUUCUCUGAAUAAGGCCAUUCUCGGUAAGAAUCUGAAUGUGCUUAGCAUAACAAGACCACGUCACACUUUGAUCUUCCUGCUCUCCGACAUUAUGUAUGAACGUUCCCUGGGGCUGCAGUUUACUCCCGCUUCACUCUCGCUUCCUCAGCACAUCAGCAUUCAUUGUGCCAGCUGAUGUCUUAAUGUUUCCAAACAGGCAAAAGAGGAAGGAGUAGCAGAAUUGCUCACCAAGAAAACAGCGUGUGUGGAUAAUGGCGGGAGGUGUGAGCACUUGUUAGAGCAUGAACAUUGAUGCCUGAGUGUCUGUAUGUUUUAUGCUAAUGUUAUGUGGAGCAGUUUGAGUUUUAGGCCAUGAAGUUGGGGCCAUUAUGGCUGAUGCUUACUUCUUUAUGGGACAGUUUGAAGUUUAGGACUAGAAUUAAGAUGAAAUAUAGGGUGUGGUGUGCAGGAUGUAGAGAUUAUGUGCACUGCAGCGGAAUAAGAUACAGGCAAACAGAGAAAUCAUAUUUACAAGUUUUAAAUCAUGUGACAGUGGUUUAUUUGGAAGUCCUAGAACACAGAGACAAUGCUGGGCUGACAGUUAACGUCUGAUAACAUGGUCAACUCACAAUAUGACUACCAGGAUAAACAAUAUAGUUUGAUAUAGGGGUGUCAUGAUUUCAAUUCUGAAUCAAAAAUGAAGGGAAAUUAGCUUUUAAUUAAAUUUCAAUCAUCAAAAUUAAACACACUUGCAAAAUAGAGAAUUGGCAAUACACUGUAAAAAAUAAUCUGUUAAAUUUACGGUAAAACCACCACCAGCUGUGGUUGCCAGAACUUCACCAUAAAAAUUACAGUUAGCGGGUUUUAUACUGUAAAUUUAAAUGUAAAUAUCAGCAAAAACUGUAAUUUAGACUGAAUAUCCCCAUUAUUUUUAGGGUAAUUGUGUUAUUCAUUCACACAUCAUGGUAUUUCUCCAUUAAUUUUACAUGAAAAUGUUAUAUUUUUUUACAGCAAAACUGUGUGUUUCCUACAGUUAAUGACAGUAAAAGUUAAAGUUUUGUGCUAUUCUUUGAUUUAUGGUAAUUAAAAGUGUCCACUACGGUGAUAUACAAUUUUUAAUUUUACGCCCUAUUUUUGAUGUAAUUUGACAGUGUUUUACUGUAAUUUCUACAAACAUUUUUUACAGUGUAAUAUGUCUAUAAAGAUAAUAUUCAUGGGUAACCAUAGAACCCAUUUUCAUUUGGAUAUCUUGAGGUCAAAGGUCAAGGGACCUCUUUAAAAAUGUCCAUGCCAAUUUUUCCUCGCCUAAAUUUAGCCUAAUUUGGAACAUUAUUCAGCUCCCUUUCCUACAAGAUAUUAGGACACGGUUGAUGCCAAUGAAUUACUUAGAUCUUUUAGUUUCCUAAAAUACCAUCUUCACAUAUCUUUAAAACUCAGAGCACUAUAGUCUGGAACUUCAAUUUUUCAUACAUUGCAUAUUUAGUAAGUCAUUUCAUACCCUGCUGCUUUGUCUUCUAAAUUGUUCUUAAUCAUUCAUCAAUUCUGAUAGUUACUACUCAAUUUUUCUAUUGCUAUUACACUAAGGUACUUCCUGCAGAUGUUUCACAUUAACCUACGAGUAAUUGUAGAGGUGUAUUAUGGUUUAUAAAUAUGUCUCUUGUCAAGCGUUUGUGAACUUUCUCUGCUAAACAUCUGAACUGCUUAUAAGAAAAACAACAGUUCCACCAUUUUUACCAGUGGGAAGUCCCACUUUACUAAUUGAUUAAGAAGAACAAGUAAUAGCUCUGUUGAAUCCUGGCACAAUUUAUCAGGAUUGUAGACAUGAAGUAGACUUUCUUUGCCGUAAUAGUUUGAAUGUAGCCAGUGGAUGGUGUAUAAGCACAACAUGUGUGUCUGUGUGAGUGUAUCUAAUGAAACAGUAAGCGAGUGUAAGAGGAGAGGGAGUGCUCAGCCUCAUCAUUUAAACUUAAUUAAUGUCUACGAAGGAAAAUGUUCCAAGAAAGGAAUAAAGGGAACUAUUAAAAACCAAAAGAUUGGAACAACUUUUAUCUCUCAUUUUCAUGAAAAGCUGUCUGUUUGGUCUGACUCUCCACUUCCAGUCCUCAUUUAGAUGUCUCACUUUGAUGCUCUUCUGCUUCAGUAGCUGUGUUAUGUGUUUCCUGUUUUUUCCAAGAAAAAAAAGUGCUGUACUGUUUCUUGAUUUCCUUUCUUGAGGCAUGCUUAAAGGAGUUAAUGACUUCUGCUACUCGGACAAUCUGCAUAUGAAGAGUUUUGUUCCAAAAUGAGAUAUCUCCUGUUUGAAAAAAGGGACGCCUACACAGGCAGAAUGAUUGACAGCUAAAACUUGAAAGCAGUUUGUGGUGGUCCUUUUUUAAGCAUCAUUAGUAACUUGGUUACACUUUUACUGGCAGGAUCCUCUACAGUCCAACAAUACUGGAUGGUUCAGGUCUUUUUUUUAAAUGGAUGUAUAGCAUUUUGGAAUAAAAGUGUUCAUAUGGUAUUUGCCAUUGUUGUUGGGGACAUUUUUUAUAAACUGUAAAACAAGAAAAUGUAGACCCAACAGCUGCAAAAUGUUACUGUGUUGCUCCUGGAGACAACUCUAAAAAUGUACCUCUCUUUCUUAAAACCAUAAAGAUUCUGCUGGCUCUGAGAGAUUAUUCACUGAUUGAAUAAAACCUUAUCUGUGA